GCACGAAUGAUUGAGAUGAAAUUAGGAUUAUUUUUUGGGUGCUUGCAAAAGAAAACACAAGCUUAUAAAACAUUAAAAUUUAACGAGUUAUGUAUAAGAAGGGACCACUGGUAUUUUAUGUAAAUGGUAAAAAGGUAGAAGAUCCUGAUCCUGAUCCAAGUUAUACUUUACUGUACUACCUCAGAAAGAAAUUAUGUCUGACUGGGACAAAGCUUGGUUGUGGAGAAGGGGGGUGUGGUGCAUGUACUGUCAUGGUAUCAAAAUAUCUACCGGACACUAAAACUGUCAAACAUUUUUCUGCUAAUGCUUGCCUUAUUCCAAUAUGUUCUCUACAUGGGAUGGCUGUCACCACUGUGGAGGGAAUUGGCAGCAUACAGAAUGGACUUCACCCAGUUCAGGAGAGAAUAGCCAAGUCACAUGGGUCACAGUGUGGUUUCUGUACUCCUGGAAUUGUCAUGUCCAUGUACACACUGCUAAGAAAUAACCCACAACCUACUGGAGCAGAAAUGGAAAAUGCCUUUGAAGGUAAUCUAUGUAGAUGUACUGGUUACAGACCUAUACUGGAAGGAUUUAAAUCAUUUACAAAGGAAUUUUGCCAGAUGGGAGAAAAUUGUUGUAAAAACACUGGAAAAUGUUCUAAUGGUGUUGUAGAAAAUGGAACAGAGAAUGGAGAAACAAGUGAAUAUCUACCGUUAGAUUCUACACAGGAUCCUAUUUUCCCUCCAGAAUUACGGACUGACCAAUUUGAUGUAGAAACUAUUUCCUUCAAAGGAGAGAAGGUAGAAUGGUACAGACCAACAACACUUAAACAACUACUAGAACUAAAAGCUAAACACCCUCAAGCCAAACUAGUCAUAGGAAAUACAGAAGUUGGUUUAGAAGUCAAGUUAAAGAAUAUGAAUUACCCAGUUAUAAUCGGCUGUACUCACAUACCAGAACUCAACCAAAUUACAAAACUUGACAAUGGGGUCAAGUUUGGGUCAUCUGUAACUCUUACUGAUAUAGAGAAUACAUUAAAGACACUCAUAAAGGAGCUGCCAGAUUACCAGACCAGAGUUUUCCAAGCGAUUGUGGAAAUAUUGCGAUGGUUUGCUGGACACCAAAUCAGGAAUGUAGCAGCUGUUGGAGGGAACAUUAUAACAGCUAGUCCUAUAUCAGAUCUAAACCCACUGUUUCUUGCUGCUGGUGCUGUCCUCGAGGUGGAGUCUGCAGAUGGUUCUAAGAGAAACAUAACAAUGAAUGAUAAGUUUUUCCUGGGAUACAGAAAGACAGCUUUAAAAUCAGAUGAGGUUUUACUCAAUGUUACUAUACCAUUUACUAGGAAAAAUGAAUACUUUGGAGGGUACAAACAAGCCAACAGAAGAGAAGAUGAUAUAGCUAUAGUCAACGCUGGCUUCAGAGUUCUGUUUGAGGACAAUACUUAUGUUAUUAAGGAGAUGGCCAUGGCGUUUGGAGGAAUGGCACCCACAACAGUAAUGGCUGUCAAGGCUAUGAAGGAGGUGGUUGGAAGGAAGUGGGAUGAAAGUUUGAUAGAUGAUGUCUGUCAUCUGAUGGCUGAUGACCUUCAGUUGACCCCUGGUGCUCCUGGUGGGAUGGUAGAAUACAGACGAACACUUACAACAAGCUUUUUCUUCAAGUUUUAUUUAACAACACAGUUACAACUUCAACAACAGAAGUCAGGACCAAGUAAGAAAGUGCCAAAGUCGUUUACAAGUGCAACACCUAAUUUCCAUCGAGAGGCUAGUAAAGGUUCACAAAUCUAUGAGGAAGUCGCACCUGGGCAGCUGCCACAAGAUGCUGUUGGACGACCUUUGACCCAUUUGUCUGCCAUGAAACAAGCCACAGGAGAAGCUAUUUAUGUGGAUGAUAUGCCAUCAAUUGAAGGAGAGUUAUAUUUAGCCUUAGUUACCAGUACACAGGCUCAUGCUAAAUUACUGAAGGUUGAUCCUACUAAGGCAUUGUCAAUGACAGGAGUGGUUGAUUUUAUCUCUCACAAAGAUGUUCCAGGACAUAAUACUUGGGGAAUUAUUCCUGAGGAGUCAUUUGCUACCACUGAGGUGUUGUGUAUUGGACAUAUAAUUGGAGCUGUUAUAGCCGAUACACAAGCUCAUGCUCAGGCUGCUGCUAAAGCUGUGCAUAUUGAAUAUGAAAAACUUGAAAGUAUAAUUACUAUUAAGGAAGCUAUAGCCAAGAAUUCUUACUGGACUGAAGCUAAAACUAUUAACUGUGGAGACAUUGUGAAAGGAUUUGAACAAGCUGAUCAUGUGAUAGAAGGAGAGGUACAUGUAGGGGGACAGGAACACUUUUAUCUAGAAACAAAUGCCACCCUGGCUAUACCUAAGAAUGAGGACAGGGAAAUGGAAUUAUUUGUGUCAACACAAAACCCUACAGAAACACAGAUGGUAGUUGCUGAGACCUUAGGUGUAGCAGCUAAUAAAAUCCUUGUUCGAGUUAAAAGAUUAGGUGGAGGAUUUGGAGGAAAAGAAACCAGAUCCAUCUGCCUGACUACACCAGUGGCUCUAGCAGCUCAUAAGUUAAAAAAGCCAGUGCGUUGUAUGUUGGACAGAGAUGAGGAUAUGUUGAUUACAGGGACAAGACAUCCAUUCUUAGGACAAUAUAAGGUUGGAUUUACAAAGGAAGGGAAAGUUGUUGCUGCAGAAGUUAAUCUGUAUAACAAUGCUGGUUGUACAUUUGAUUUGUCAGGAGCUGUAUUAGACCGAGGUUUGUUUCACUUAGACAAUGCCUAUAAGAUUGCCAAUAUUAAAGCAGUCGGCAGGACAUGUAAGACCAAUAUUCCCUCAAAUACUGCAUUCAGAGGUUUUGGUGGACCGCAGGGAAUGGUUGUUGCAGAAACAUUCAUAGAUGAAGUAGCUACUUAUCUAAAUUUCUGCCCAAGUCGGGUUCGUAAACUAAACAUGUACAACGAAGGAGAUCUGACCCACUUUGGACAGGUAAUGGAAGACUGCAACGUGAGAAAAUGUUGGGAGGAAUGCAAAGACAGAAGUGAAUUUAUAAAGAGAAAAAGGGAUGUGGAAAUAUUCAACAGUGAAAACCGAUGGAAGAAAAGAGGGAUCUGUAUGAUUCCUACAAAAUUUGGUAUUGCUUAUACAGCAACUUUCUUAAAUCAGGCAGGAGCUUUAGUUAUGGUGUACAGAGACGGGUCAGUAUUGGUCACUCACGGAGGGGUAGAAAUGGGACAAGGACUUCACACUAAAAUGAUACAGGUUGCCAGUAGAGUUCUGAAAAUUCCAACUUCAAAAAUACACAUCAGUGAGACAAGUACAAACACUGUUCCUAAUACUUCAGCCACAGCAGCUAGUGCAAGCUCUGAUAUUAAUGGAAUGGCGGUUAAGGUUGCCUGCCAGACAAUCUUAGAAAGAAUAGAACCCUACAUCAAUGCCAACCCUAAAGGGACCUGGGAAGAUUGGGUGAAUUCCGCCUACUUUGACAGAGUCAGUUUAUCAUCCACAGGAUUUUAUAAAACACCUGGUAUAACAGCAUUUGACUUUGAGAAACAGGAAGGACGACCAUUUAAUUAUUUCACUUUUGGUGCCAGUUGUUCAGAAGUUGAAAUUGAUUGUUUAACUGGAGACCACCAGGUAUUAAGAACAGAUAUUGUGAUGGAUGUUGGUUGUAGUUUAAACCCUGCUAUAGACAUAGGGCAAAUUGAAGGAGGCUUCAUGCAGGGCUAUGGUAUGAUGUUACUAGAACAACAGAAGAUAUCCCCUGAUGGUUUCCUGUUUACUAGAGGCCCAUCUAACUACAAGAUACCAGGAUUUGGAGAUAUUCCAGUAGAAUUUAAUGUAUCUCUUCUAAAAGGCAGUAAGAAUCAAAAGGCAGUAUAUUCUUCCAAGGCCAUUGGAGAACCACCAUUGUUUUUAUCAGCAGCAGUAUUUUUUGCUGUCAAAGAUGCUAUUAGAUCAGCUAGAGUCGAUUCCAAACAAGACAUUAACUUUACUCUACAUAGUCCUGCUACUGCAGAGCGGAUCCGAAUGGCUUGUAAAGAUCAAUUCACAGAACAGUUUCCUGAACCUGAAGAAGGGAGUUAUAAACCAUGGUUUGUGAAUCUCUGAGGACUGCUGAUUAGUGGAUGACCAUGGUCUGUUAAUCUUUUAGGACCGAUAAUUGUGGACUCAUUAUAAACCAUGGUUUGAGAUUUCAAAAUUACUUCAAAUUGAUGGAUAACUGACUCAUUAUAAACUAUGGUUUGUGAACCCGUAAAGACUUCAAUCUGGUGAAUUAUUUUUGACUUAUUUGUAAAUCUAGGAUACAUAACAACUUUACAUAGAUUUUUGUACAGAAGAAUAACAAUGUUAUUGCAUUCUACCAUCACAAUUUAUAGAGCUUUAAUAUCGGUAUUAUUGUUCAUAUUUACUGUAAAUUCAGAAAUUGAUGCAAGGUUUUUAUUAUUGCGAAAAUGUGACUGAGUUGUAAACGCAAUAAUUUAAAUUCGCAUUUUGAAAUAUUUUAUGUGAAUUUAACAGGACUAUUCUCAAAAUCGUAAAAAAAUAAAAUCGCAUUUAAGUCUAAAAUGACAAAAUUGCAAUAAUAAAUGCACGCAAUAAUUUCUGAAUUUACAGUACUGUAAAUUCAGAUAUUAUUGCGAGGUUUUUAUUAUAGCGAAUAAUGCGACUGAGUUGUAAACGCAAUAAUUAAAACUUGCAUUUUGUAAUAUUUUAACUGAAUUAAGCAUGACUUUUCUCAAAAUCGUAAAAAUUACAAUCACAUUCAAGUGUAAAAUGACAAAAUCGCAAUAAUAAGUGCACGCAAUAAUUUCUGAAUUUACAGUAUACUUUAAUUUACUUUUAUUUCAUUAUAAGUUGUUUCAAGUCAAUAUUUUAAGGUUGUUAACCUGUUAUCAUUGUAUGAUAUAAGAAAUGAUAAAUUUUAUUUUUUUUAAAUGAAAAUAAUUAUAUUUCUCGAAGAUUUUCAAUGUAUAUUUGUUAAUGCCCCAGCCACUCAUCAGAAUGGAACAUAAACUGUGUAAAAUCUUGUUUGUCAUUCUGAAACCAAUUGUUGUCCAAAUGGUUUUUUUUUCUGUUUAGACUGUUAAGACUUUAUAUUGAGUUAUUUUUUUAGUGUUUAAUAUUGUAUAACAGAUUAUGUUUGUUUUAAGUCAGAUGUCAUUCCUUUUAUGAAUUAGAACUAGGUAAAUGGUCAACCAUGUUUCAACAGUCAGGGGCAUUAGAAUACAGCUAGCAAUAUAUUUUCUUGUAAAUGUUAUGUGAUGGGAUUAAGCUAAAUAUAGUAUUGAUAUAGACAGUUAUUUUUAAAUUGAUAAUAAUAAUUAUUAAAAUUUACCAGUUUUCAGGGACCAAUUUAUGCAUUUCUUUUUAUCUUUCUCGAUGUUUUUGAAAGAUGAUAAUCAUGAGCAUAUAAAUAUAGAUAUUGGAGACCCUUCAAGUGUUUUUUAGAGUCCGUCAAUCAGGCUCUAUGACAUCAGUCAAGAUUUGAGAAAGUUCUGAAUUUAAGGCAUGAAGUCAAAAUUUUAAAUGUGUAAAAAGUUUGCAUAAAGUACAAAUCACCAUUGAAAUCAUCCAACAUUAUCUUUUUUCAUGUCCUUAUUCCAUAAGGGGAAAUAACUAAACUUAAUUGGGAGCAUCUUUCAGAUUUUUAUGGAAUUUUAUAAUCUUUUUUGAUAUAUCCUGCUUUCUAUAUCUAUGAUGAAGUCAAAUUGUCUGGCUGGCAGCUUCAAAGGUGCUUUGAUUUGUGUGUUACGGAUGCAUACAAUUAACAUAACAUGAAAUGUAUACCCUACAUCUCUUUUUACUCAAUUUUUUCAAACUGCAAGUUGAAAUAGUUUUUUGAGGUUAAAUUGUACAUAUUUAUAAUAAUGAAAUGCAAAAUCGUAACAAUUUUAUUUGUAAAACUUUUUGAGAUUACAUGACCAGAAUUGAACAAUCAAUGAAUAUUAUUUUACAGACUUGUUCUCAAGAAAACAAGUUUAAUGACUGGAAUUUUUAACUAUUUUACAGUUAUGACCAUUCUGUCCUUAUGACCAUUCUGUCCUAAAUUGUUUUCGCUGACCAAUUCGUCAUAAAGAUAUGUAACAAUUUAUCCGUCUAUUAUGUUUUUCUAGUCUGUUUAAUUAAUUUAUAUUAAUGUGUUUUACUACAAUAAGUUAUAAGUUCAGCUAACAGCAUUUUACACCAGGUUUAAAAAUAACAUUGAAAGUGUAUUAUCCCAAUAAGAUAUAUAAAAAUAAUAGCCAAUCAUAAUCCUAGUCAAAUUGAACAGGUUUUGAAUUGUCAAUUAUUAUUUAUUAUGUUUUCUUCGAUAACCUUAGUUUUUUCUGUUUUUUGUUGUUGAAAGGACUGGCAAAAAUUAUAAUCACACUAACUUGUCUGUAAUUAGGUAGUUCUUUUUCAAUGAUAUUUUUAAUCAGGGUGUACAUAUAUAUAGCAUAAUAUACACAGAACAAUAUAUAAACCUUGCUUGAAGUUGUAUUACAUAUACUUAAACUAGCAAACAAAUUUUAUUCUUAAAUGGUCAUUUUUAAUUUGACAUCAUCUGAAAAUCUGAAUAAAUUAUUCAGUCAAGUCCAGUAAAUUUUCAGGUGGUACCUAACACUUUCACUAUAAAAAUUAAUUUGACUCUUUUAAUUUUCAUAAAAUUUUAACAAUAUAUUUAUUUUGACCCUUUAACAAAAAUAUAAAAAUUUCAAAAAUUUGGAACCAACCAUUUAGUCAGAAAAAUUACACUGGUUAUAUAGCAGUUUGACAAACACCGAUUUUUAUAAUUGAGAAGCUUAAUAGUCCCUUUACAACACAAGGUUAUUAAAACGUUUAUCUGACUUUACAGAGUUAUCUCCCUGUAGUGUUAGGUACCACCUUAACUAAUACAGAAAAUUCAGCACUGUUCAAACAUUUUGCUAGAAGUCAAUCGAGUACUGUUCAUUAGCCUAACUUAAACUGAACAAAUCUUAAUUGACUGCAAGCGAUCAAAUAGACCACUUGCGAGUUCAUCCGUCACCGGAAAAAACUCGUCAAUUAUACGCGCCUUUAUGACAACAUUUACCAGAUAGAGGGGGUCGCCUGUAUCCCUGCACUAUUUACGUUCAUCAAGCGUCUUAGUGAUCGUCAUUGUGCAGGAUAAACUAGAAAUAAUGGUUGUCCUGUAGGUACUUAAUGACAAUUCCCUAAUGACAUCAAUGCUGAUUGUCAAUUUUGAGAAUUCAAUUUGCCUAAUAAUUCGUACAAUAUAGAAUUAUAGUUUUCCAACCACUCGCUCAACAUCGGAAUGGAAGUGACGACACCCCUAAAUGCACAAAUGACGUUCACUAAAACCAGAGUUUUUGACGGAAAUGCAUGGAACUCGAAAGUUGUCUAUUGUCUGAAGUGUUUAAGAUGUAACAUUUAAAAUGUUGACUUAUCUCCAACUGUGGUAUUUUCAGCAGACGACAUACAAUCAAAGUGUGAAAUUUGGAAUUGAUCCAUUAAUAUCAAACUUAAUAAGUUUAAUUUUGUUUCCUUGGUUUUUGUAGAUUACUUUAUAAAAUAAAUAUGAAGCUUAUGUAUAUGCUGAAAGAUAUUAAGCAGGAGAAUUUAUAUCUAUAUAGUGUUGGCUUUUCUUUUGGCAGUUGUAUCUGUUUACACUCACUUGUAACAUUGUUAUAUUUGUGUUACUCUAUUUCAUUUUUGCAGGAUAAUAAAUUUUCUGUAAUAACAUUAAUUAAAGCCUUAGAACAAAAUCCAAUAUUUAAUAAGUUUGUCAUUCAUAACAAAAUAUUAGACAGCCAUGUCAAAAUUUGAUAUAUAAACUACUGUGGAUUCAAUCGUAAAAGAUCGUGGAUGUUUAAUAUCUUGGUUUUGGCAAAGUCUACAUACAUUCCUUAAGAAAACUUUCAUCGAACUUUGAAAUUUGUGGCUCUUCUAUACCCAUGAAAUUCACAAAAAUUGGUAUCCCAUGAAUUAUAAUGAAUCCACAGUAAUACUAUUUUGAACUCCAUUCAUAUUUUUGUACAUUCAAACAAAGUUCUUAUUGUCAUAGAUGU